AUGAUAACCGUUUAUGUACCGGCAGUACUAAGUUUUGGGCAGUUAAUAACAACGGCAAGAUGCAUAAACCUGAUAAGCUACUUUUCCUUUUGGGGCGGGGGAAGGGCAUCACCGUCAGAUUCAAAUGGAACGAAAAAUAAUAAAAAUGGUCAGGACAGAGAAAAUAUGAAUAAACAGAUGGAGGACUUCUUAGACGACAAGGUAAAAAUUAAUCUACGAAGUAAAAAAAUUAAUCAUUUAAAGCCCAUAUUUACAAACCCAGAGGCGGAAAUUCAUUACUACCUUAGAAGUGAUGGUAAUUACGAUGAGCUGUAUGCCAAGUACCCCUUAUGUGAAGCUAAGUACAAAAUAGCAGAUAAGCUAAAAGGCCUUAGUAUAUUCCAGAAAACGAUGAAUAAGACCAAAAAGCUAGCCCUACUGAAGACAUGCAUAAUGGAGAUGUAUGGUGUUCUAUUCGUUACUGUUAGAAACACGAACGAUCUCAUCUCUGUUGUUGCUACUGUCUAUGGGUAUGUACCAUAUGCAUUAAUUGCUCUAACAUUACUGGGAUUGUUGCUAACUUUUAACAAAUUUUUGCUGUACUUUGCUUUUAUUAUCCCCACCCAAUUAACACUGAACGAUAUUGUAUUGAAGAACUUCCUAAAAAUGAGUAGACCGAUUCAUAGUGCACUACAGUCUUAUGGAAUGCCGUCCGGACAUAGCUCCUUUUCUUUCAGUUUACUCACCUUUAUAUUAUUGCAUCUAACAGAGUCCAAGAAGGAUAAGUGGAGCAUAAUGACUUACAUCCUUGCCAUCAUUGUGCUGUUACCAGUACCUUGGAGUCGUGUUUAUAUCCAAGAUCAUACUCUGUAUCAGGCCAUCUUUGGCUGUAUUUUGGGAAUCUUCAUCGGUGUCAUCGCCUACAUGAUAAAGAAGCAAUGUGUGAAGCAGAAGGAUAACACCAAACGGCUGGAGCAAACGAACCGACCGAACCGACCGAACCGGCCGAAGCGACCAAACCAGUCGAAGCGACCGAAGUGA